CGUGCAUUGCCGCCAUUUUGACGUCAGUGUCAGCGUGCGUGUCUUCUUCCGGUAAUCAGUGAAUUAGUAUGUGAUAGAUGUAUGUAAAGUGUUCACUGCCGGCGACUUUCGAUCGUUUCGAGAAGAAAGGAUAAUAAAAUUUGAGAGACGUCGACGUAAGUCAUGGCGGAAUAUCUAGCGUCUAUCUUCGGAACCGAGAAAGACAAAGUAAAUUGCUCCUUUUAUUUCAAAAUUGGCGCCUGUCGUCACGGUGACAGAUGCUCGCGAAUUCACAACAAGCCGACAUUCAGCCAGACAUGUUUGCUUCAAAACCUGUAUGUAAAUCCUCAAAACUCUGCCAAGAGUGCGGAUGGAUCUCAUUUGGUUGCAAAUGUAUCAGAUGAAGAAAUGCAAGAACAUUAUGACAAUUUCUUUGAAGAUGUUUUUGUCGAAUGUGAAGACAAGUAUGGCGAGAUCGAAGAGAUGAAUGUAUGUGACAAUCUCGGUGAUCACUUAGUGGGCAAUGUUUAUAUCAAGUUUCGCAGAGAGGAAGAUGCAGAAAGAGCUGUGAAUGAUUUGAACAAUCGCUGGUUUGGAGGCAGACCUGUUUAUGCUGAACUUUCGCCAGUAACAGAUUUUAGAGAAGCUUGCUGUCGUCAAUAUGAAAUGGGAGAAUGCACGCGAUCUGGAUUUUGCAACUUCAUGCAUUUGAAGCCCAUCUCGCGCGAGCUACGUCGUUAUUUGUACAGUCGUAAGAAGAGUGGCAGAGGACGCUCCAGAUCGCGAUCGCGAUCGCGUGGCCGAGAUCGCAAGCGCAGAUCGCGAUCGCGCGACAGACGAUCGAGAUCCAAGGAUCGCCGGAAGAGAGACGACAAAGGUAGGGACGGCCGAUCUGGAAGAUACUAAUUGUAGCGAAUUAUGUUUAUACGAAUAUUCAUUCCGAAUAUACUUGUGAACUCUUGAUUUAACGGAAAGACUGGACGUCAAUAACGUUGUCUUCUUGUGUGUGCCGGACCAUAUCGUCCUAUUAAUAUAUUUAUAUAUACAUAUACACACACACACACACGUAAUCUCGAUACUAGAAUUAGUAUUCUUCAGUGCUGUGUAAUAAACUUCUUGUUAGUUAUUAAGUAAUCCCGAAAUUAUGAAUGAAUACAGUUUUUCUGUGCGAUAAUGACAGAAACAAAUAAAAUAUAAGCAUAGAAAUAUAUAUAUAUUUCGUGUUUUGCUAUAUUUUCACAUAUAAAUUACGAACUUAAAUAUAUCAUGAAAAACAA